CGCUCAGCUGUUGUGGCGGAAAUCGUAAUGCAUAGGGCGCGUGCGUUUUUGCCCACACCCCCGCCAGCUUCAGUGCGUAGCGUCACUUCCGGUGUGUUGUAGCGAAGGGAUCUGGCGGAUGAAGACUGGGUCCAGGAUGUGGCAUGAAGCUCGUAAACACGAGCGGAAGCUACGAGGGAUGAUGGUGGAUUAUAAGAAGAGAGCAGAGCGGCGGCGAGAGUAUUAUGAGAAGAUUAAAAAGGAUCCUGCUCAGUUCCUGCAGGUUCACGGACGGUCUUGCAAGAUCCACCUGGAUUCUGCUGUAGCUCUUGCAGCUGAGAGUCCUGUUAACAUGAUGCCGUGGCAAGGAGACACCAGCAAUAUGAUCGAUCGGUUUGAUGUGCGCGCUCACUUAGAUUAUAUUCCUGAGUACAAACCCCCUCUACUGACGACAAUUACGUCAGAGCAGGAAUCUGAUGACCGAAAGUGCAAUUACGAGCGUUACCGAGGUCUGGUUCAGAAUGACUUUGCUGGAAUUACAGAAGAGCAGUGUCUUUAUCAGAUCUACAUUGAUGAACUUUACGGAGGACUGCAGAGACCUGGAGAAGAUGAGAAGAAAAAGCUGUCAGAGAAGAAGGCUUCCAUUGGCUACACUUAUGACGACAGUACGGUGACUGACCUCGGAGAUUCUUCAGACAAAGAAGAGGAUGAUGAGGAUGAUGACGACUCUGAGAGUAAAUCCGAUGAAGACGAAGUUAUCCCAGAUAUCGAUGUUGAGGUGGAUGUGGAUGAAAUUACAGAAGAGCAGGUUGCAGAUCUGAACAAACAAGCCACAAGCUAUGGCAUGGCUGAAGGAGACUUUGUAAGAAUGUUACGGAAGGAUAAAGAAGAAUCUGAAGCAAUCAAACAUGCCAAAGCACUGGAAGAAGAGAAAGCCAUGUAUUCUGGAAGACGUUCCCGGCGCCAGCGAAGAGAAUUUAGAGAGAAGCGCCUCAAAGGGAGAAAAAUCAGUCCACCAAGCUACGCCAGGAGAGACAGUCCCACGUAUGACCCUUAUAGAAGGUCCCAGUCUGACUCUUCCACCGUCUCGCGAUCUCGAAGUCCCAGUCCAGGACGUGAAGAGUCCAUCAAGUUCAUCACUAGUUUUGGGGGCAGCGAUGAAGAGUCUGCUGCCGGUCCUGCUGCCCAGUCUCCUUCAGACUCUGCCAGCAAACGUGCUUCCCACCCGCAGGCCUCCGGAACCUCCGCAGGUCGUAAAGAGGCCUCCCGAAGAAGAUCUUCCUCUUCCUCCUCCUCUUCUUCAUCCUCCUCUUCAAGCUCCAGAAGUUCCUCCCACUCUCGAUCCAGCUCAAGAUCACGGAGAGGCGGCUAUAGGCGAAGAUCUGACUCUAGAUCUCGAAGGUACUCUCGCAGCCCUGUGAGGAGAUACUCGGGAAGUAAAAGAGACAGCCGAAGAUACUCAAGAUCACUGUCCUCUGAACACAAUCGAUAUUAUGGAGGAAGACGUCGAUCAAGAAGUCGCUCACGGUCUAAUGACCGUCAUGGGCGCGGUGGGAGAAGUGGAGGACGCAAGCACAGCAGCAGUAGCCCAUCUCGCAGUCCUUCUCCCUGGCACAAUAGGGGUUCAAGACGGACAACAUCCCCCACACCAGGAGAGAGGUUGAAAAGGCCCGAGCUUGCAGUUAGCAGGGAGAGCGGAUCUACCAAAGUCAGUAAGAAUUUUACAGCGUCGUUAAAUCACUCAGGAUGCGGUCUAAUGGCCAAGUUGACUCCGCAAGAGAAACUCAAACUCCGAAUGCAGAAAGCCCUGAACAGGCAGUACAAGGCGGAUAAGAAAGCUGCUCAAGAGAAGAUUAUCCAGCAAGAACAUGAACGACAGGAAAGAGAAGAUGAGCUCCGGGCCAUGGCAAGGAAGAUCAGAAUGAAGGAACGUGAGCGCCGCGAGAAAGAACGUGACGAGUGGGAGAGGCACUAUACCCGCAGCAGAUCCUCGUCCCCGAAACACAGCCGAGAGCACAACUCUUCCAGGAGCAGGAGGUCUCGCUCUCGGUCACGGAGUCCCCAUCACCGGCAUUAAAUAUGCACUUGGUCAUUUUGUUCUUGGCUUCUAUACGGCCAGUAGUGAUCCGGAAGAUCUACUGGUGUCCAGUGGUGCUUAAUAUGAGAUCAAUACGGAGUCUGGAAUUGAUCAGCAGAAGGGAACAUUAUGAAGUUUAUUCAGGAAUCAAAUAAACUUCAAUGUCUCGGUUAUUGUGGUCCUGUUAAACGUCCGCCUGUGAUGCCUCCGUAGCCAAUAGAUCACAUUCUGUCAGAGUGUAACGGGUUGGUUAGCUUAUUCUCGAUAAGAUCUCUCAUCUAUAAUAACUGUUUUUACACGCUUGCAGCAGAAUUACUGACAAAUGUCAUUUUAGUAUGAACCUAAUUAAUUGCAUUUGCCAUAAUGUUAGGGGGAGAAUUGUGAUUUAUGUAGGAAAUGAACUAAUUUAGAUUUCCUGUAUAUUUUUAAAGCUGUGAUAAAGGAGCUUAAAUGGACAUACAAGUAAAAAAAAUGAACUUUACUGUUGUGUUUAACCUCUGUUAAAAGGCCAAAUACACACGUACACUUUUGUGUGGGCUGGUGCCUGUUUUCUAGAGUAUCAGCCAAUCAGCACUUUUGGGACUGUUCAAGGGCGAGCUGCAGGACUUUGCCUGUGUUUUUAACCUUUUAGCAGAGGUUAAAAGUAAAAAUGCUCAACUGAAUACAUUUUAUUUUUAUGUCUUUUUUGUAUUUUAUUUGACUUCUUGUUUCGAGAGUUUUUUUUUCUUCCUUUGUAUAGACAUUUCCAUAUAUACAGAGGGUUGAGUUGUCUGCACAAGUCUGUGUGAUUACUAACUGUACUUGUAAAUAAAGAUCACCUGAUUUUCAAUUCA